AUGGAUUCUUCCAGUGGUUCUUUACCAUUACCAUUGAAUCACUAUGUUGGCGUCAAGUUUAGACCUACCGAUCAACAACUUCUUCAUUAUCUUCAUUGUAAGAUUUAUGGUCAGCCUUAUUUUCAAGGAGCUGUUUUCGACUUUGAUCUUUAUGGUGGAGUCGAGCCAUGGGAAAUCUGGGAAAGUUUUGGAGGAAUUGAUGGCGAAGAUCUUUACUUCUUCACUAAGCUUAAGAGGUCGACAACGAACUCUGGAAAUUUGUCUACGCACAUUAACCGUAAGAUUGGGCUCGUCAAUGGUACUUGGAGUGGCGAGAAUUCAGCCAGUCCAAUUUAUGUUAAUGAAGAUGACCAACAAAUAAUUGGUUAUCGCAAGCGGUUUAGGUAUGAGAAUGAGUCGUCAGAAGAACAUCAUGGGGAAUGGAUAAUGCAUGAAUAUAACUUGCAUCCAAAUUAUUUGUGUGAAGGUGUCGAUCCCAAUUAUGUUUUAUGCCGAAUAAGAAGGAAUGAAAGAGCUAGAAGAAAGUUGGAAAUUCAAGGUGAGUUGAAACAACCUAACAAGAAAAGAAUAAAGGCACCUAAGAUCUCUCGUAAUGAAAGACCAAAAGCAAAAACAAGGGAAAGAUGUGACGAGCUACAACCGAUAGACGAUCAAAGAGCAAUAACAUGUGAGACGAUCUACAACUCGGAUAUCAGACAUGAUAUGAAGACUCAUCAAGAUAUUAGUGUUGUGGACUACCUACCCAAUAUGACCACUAAUCAAGAUAACAUAAAUGAAAACAUUAGCUUGGGUACCGAAGAUUACGAACCUUGCAUGCUCACUGAUGACGAAUUGAAAGAUAUUCAAACUUUAGGUGAGUUUUCUACUUAUAUUCAAAACAACUUCGACGAGACAUUAUGUACUUUCAAAGUUUGA